AUGCCUCCCUAUGGGUGGCACAUGGGCCUACGACAGAACGUCCGUUUGCGGUCAUGGCUCUUUCCUUCACCUGCCAUUCUCGUGGCGGUCAUUCCCCAUGCCGUCGACUGCAAGCACAAUUUCGUCAGCACAGCGCUGGCCAAGUAUCAACAUGCGACGCAGCCAAAUCAUCAUUCGCUCCCGCACUCGAACUCCGAAGCAAAGCUAUCACCGUCACUAUCAAUACCCAUGGCACCGUCCACCAGCUCGACAACGCUCAGGGCUAUUCGGGAACGCCUGGAGGAAAUGUGGAACGACGUUCGUGCCGAGUACCUUCGGCUCCUGGAUAUUGGACGCGUCUACCCAUUCCAUAGAGAAGAGAUUCGCCGACUUUUCAGACCACUUUAUGGACCCGAGGAAACCGACAUGCCAGCCGUUUACGACAGAGAGUAUCUACCUUGGAAGCAAGAGCCGAACAUCCCCGCUAUUCAGGCCGAGCUCUCAGCUACCCUCGAUGAGCAAGAGGAUUAUUCCUCUCGCAAAACCCUGCUACAAAACGUUACAUCCCCCCUGUUUUACACCGGCAAAAAUGAGUAUAUCACGUUACCUUGCCGUCACCUGGACGAAAUUACCGAAAGGACGCUUUCGCCGGCAGCAUCGGACGCUUCGUCCAUGGCGUGCGACAUCAUGUCAGCUGGCGGACUGCGGCAAAGCCUGACGAGCGAGCAUGAAGUCUCUAUCCUCAUGACUGGUACACGGGUCUGGAUUAUGUAUCCUCCAACCGUCCAUAACCUCAAGCUCUUUAAACGCGUGUUUUUGCUUGAGCAGAUGAGCCCGCGCACUGCGGAACUUUCGGCCAAGCUUGAAGGCGGCCUGAUAUAUCUUCAAACCCCCGGGGAAACGGUGGUCACGCCUCCGCGUUGCUGCUUGAUUGUCAUCUCCAUACAAGCAUCUGUAGCCGCAUUCUACGACGUCCGGCUGAAGUGUGAAACCCCCGAGCAGCUCCCUGUCCCCAGCUCGAUAGCUGAGGCUCUUUCAAGCGAACAGACCGAUGAAUCGCGUGAGGAAUUUCUCUGUUCUUAUUCCGAACGGCUUCAUGAUAUUCUGAACAAUACCGUCCCAAGCGUCUACAACACGACACAAAGAAUUGAGGAAAUAAUCGAGACGUGGGAUGACGAGAAAGAGGGCCUGAGGGCUCUGUGCAACAGCCUUCCGGACGGCGACGAAUGGGCAGAUAUGUUUGCGCGAUUGUGGGCAGACUAUGCGAUUGGGCAGGUGGACAUACUGGCUUGCGCGCUGUGCGACGACGCCUUCGAUGCAAGGAUUUGGACCGCGACAAGCCAGGGGAAGCUGAAGCUUCUUGAGGAUCACUUCUUGAAGGCACAUUGGAACUAG